AUGAGCACGUCGUCUGCAUCGUUCGCCGGCCUGUGCGCCGUGUGCGACAAGCCGGGCUCGCUACGCUGUGGCGCCUGCAAGGCGCUCAAGUUCUGCUCUCCCGAGUGCCAGUCUCUCCUGUGGCCGACGCACAAGGUCCUGUGCGGCCGCGACCUCGACACGUUCUUCAUGCCGCCCAUGUCGCCCAAGGAGAUCACGCAGCUCGAGCGGGUCAAAGACGAGCCAGUCUGCCCAGAUGGCUCGAACUUUCUCACGCAGAUGGACAUCAGCUGGCCUGCUUUCGCCGACAGAUUGCGCAGCGACGCCCACGCCGAGCCGCUCGGAGAGUUCCUGCGCCUCGACGCGCUCCUCACGGCGCACCGCCGUCUGGGCAAGGCGGACAAGGUGGACCCGCCGCGCGUGGCCGUGUCGCCUUCGCCAUGGCGCAUCUUCGCGGACAAGGCCGACGCCUGGACCGUGCGGUCCAGCUCCCUCGCCCACGGCAGCAACGACGUCGAGCAGACGGCAACGCACGUCGUCGACGCGAUCUACGCCGGCCGCAGCCCGUUUACCGUCCUCAACGCGGUCCUGCGGCAGCACCUCGUGGCGGCGACCAUCAUGUACCAGGUCGUGUCGCCGACGCCCAAGCUUCAGCCCGCCGAGGCGCUCGCUCUCGUCCGGCUGUCGGACAAGCGCCUGGUGGAGGCGCUGCGGCGGAGCGACAUGUCGGAUGAGCAGCGCUUGAGGCUCGACCCGGCGUUGGAGCGCAAGUCGCCCGGCGACGUCGACUGA